AUGCCGGCCCGGGAGCUGGCAAGCGCUUUCGAUGCUCCGAAUGGGGUUCAGCGAGUGAGUACGACAUUACUGAAGAAGCACAAGAUCCUGCCUCAUCCCCGGGAGGAACGUAUGACAGAGGUCUACCCCUCGACCCCGGCAGCGAGGUCCCGAGAUCUGGUGAUAGAUACGGGAGCAUCGAUAUCGAUAUCCAAGUCAGAUACGUCGAGCCCACGCACGUUAAAGCACACAUCUAGAAGAAUUGGCGAUCUGCCUCCAACUCCCCCAACCCAUUCGCGGCAGUCGUCAGGGAGUCAUCCGGCCGCUGCCACUGCUACUGCCACUGUUACUGUUACCACUCCUGCUACCGCGAACCAGUAUGAUAUUCCGGCUACCAAGAACAAUCCGGAUAUCCGAUCGGUGCCUACCACACCACCGAAUCAAAGAAGCCCGCCGACUCCAGAUGUUACCCCUCCACGAGCGAUGCUCCUAGCAAUUCGUCCUCGCGCAAUCGAUCGAUACCCCUCUUCGCGCGCGGAUUCUUUCAAGACGGCUCGAGAAAAUCCAUAUUCGUCAGAUGAAGAUGAGAGAUCAACGGCACGGCCAGUUCUACCUUCCGCAAAACCAUCGGCGAUGGCAGUCACGCGGCUUCUAGAGAAACGUCGGAGGCGGAAAGAGAUUGGGUUGGGUCUGGGGCUCGAAUCUGACAAUGAAGGUGCGACAACGCCUAGGGCGCAUGCAGAUUCUCCGCUAGAAGAAUUUCAUGUCUUUGAUGGAGAAUGGGCAUCUGAAUCAAACGAAGUGGAGCGGGAAUGGGACGACAAUCUCAUGAGGAAUGUCACUGUGCGGAAGAGACCUGGCCGGGUGCUGGAUAUGUUUACGGAUGGCGCCGCAGAUGAGGUUGUGGAGGAUGAUAUUGUCUCACCAACCCAAGCUACAAAGGUCGUUCGAAGCUUACCGCUACAAGAAAGAAUAUCGCGACAUCGAAAACAAAAAGAAGCCACGGAGAAGGCAUCGAUUGAGAAAAGGAGAGAACGUGUUCCUUCGGUCGCUGGCCUAGAAUCCCCCGACAGCUUUGACAUCAGACGAUUUUCAACCAUGUCAGGACGUUCAAUUGCAUCAACUGUUGUGGAAGCGAUGGUAGUUGAGGCACCCCCAACUCGGACAAGGACGUUGAGGCAUACCAAGAAACAAAUUGGCCUUAGAGAUGUUGGUUCAGACCAGUCGACCGUGAGCUCUGCACCAAAUUCAGUGGUUUCAAGCGAACCACAUCGUCUACAUCACGCAGCUGGGAGGAUUCCUGAGCAACGGCACCGAAGUCUGGCUUCCAACACAACCGUGACUACGGCAUCCUCCAGUGGGAAAUCCCGUCGAACCGUUCUGAAAAAUGGUGGUAUUCCUGUGGUUGUCAUCCCAGACCGACAUUCGUCAACAAAAUCGUCGAAAGCCCCGUCGUUGCGAUCAACAAGUAGCCGCAGGACCAAACGGAGCAUGUCUCUCAAUUCAGCACCCCUUUCUAGCUCGUCUAAAUUCAAUGAUCCUGGAUAUUUUGAUUCUCUUCCACGCCGGAAUCGAACUAUGUCAGAAUCUGCUGGAUCUGGAGAUUCAGUACGGACAAUUGACUAUCCACCGAAUGUUCCAGCCCGACGAUCGUCUCUUUCAGCCCCAACAAGCCGCAACACCUCCAGAGCUGCUUCAUUGACUACCGAGAGCCUGAAGGCCCAUAAUCUCUUGCAACCGGAAAUCCCAAAACAGCCCGAGUUAGUACGUCUACAAAGCCGUUUAUCUGCCGAAUCACACAAGGAUUUGGGAAAUCAUAGUCCUCACUUGAAUGUGGACCAUAAUGGAGACCCCUUCUUCGGGAAGCGAUUAUCAGCACAAGUGACUCCAUUCUCGCAGUUUUCGUAUGACACUGCAGGGACGACCGCUGAAGUCUCGGAAGCUAUGGCUGUGUCCAUAUACCCCCACCAGAACAAGUCAUUGCUCGUUGUCCAACAAAUGGCCUCUUUGGACAAUUCGCCCCGUGCUCUAGGAACUGCUGGGAGUUCUCAACCAACGCCGCCUACAAUGAUGCUAAAUGACCAAGCUACCACCGUCCCUGUCACGCCUCCACAGCCUACUCACCCUAUGGACGAAAUCGACUCGCCGCUCCGAAAUCCACGUGUGCCACCAGCACCGCCGGCGAUUAAGUUUAUCCCAGCCACACCGUCUGGGCUUACACCGGGAGCGGAGGAGGAGAAGCAAUUGGGAUAUGACGUCGACUUUGAUGAACGACCUACUACCUCCGACAACAAACCAACGCGGGGUAUGUCGUUAAUGCGUCGAGCGUUCAGGAACCGCCGAAACUCAGAACCUGCCAUACUCCUUGGCCCAGGACUCCUGAAGCGAACCUUUUCUCUGAGCAAUCGCCGAAGAGAGUUAGUGGACGAGUCUACGCAAACGUCCCGAGGCGGUGCAAAUCCUAGCACAAUUUAUCCUUCUGUGGCAGAUCGACCAGCCGAUGGAAGCAGACUACAUCCGUUCUGGAGACCUUCCCAUUUUUGGGACGACCUAGAAGAUGAAGGAUUUGCUGACGAUGAACUUGUUGGUGGCUAUCCCAAGAUCGAUAAUAGACCUGCCCCUCCGAAACGAAGUUUGAGUGGAAAACUCAAACGUACUUUCGCCAUCCUACCCAUUCAGGAUGAGUACGAGCGGCCACAGUAUGCUAAUGAGCGGCGAACGAUGCGCAAAAGCACUAGUGGCAAUCUCCGGGUCGUGAAACAGGGGAGCAAUUCGAGUUUCAGCAGCUCAGAUAGGCGGGCGUAUGCCGUAGCAAAGGCGCAGAGAAAGUCUGCGAAGGGAGGUCAAACAAUCCCUGGUCUUGGUAUCCGCGUUGAAUAUGGUGGUUGGAGCGGAUUAAAGAACAAGUUGCGCGAGAGACGGAGAGAGCAGAGGAACCAGAAGUUGCGGGCUAGUAUUAGCCAUCCAAAGGCUGUUCAGAGCGGCGUGGACGACGUUCUAAGGAGGCGUCGAAGCCGGAGCCUGAGCCGGAGUCAAAUUUGA